AAUUUCUUCGUUCACAAGUUCUGUACAAUGAACUGAAGAUAAGCAAUGAAUAUAGCUAGAGCUAUUCUUUCUCCUCAUUGAUAAUAUUAUUGAAUUUUCUGUUUUUUUUCUUCAUCCCAAAAUCUCUAACUAAUUCGCCGGAAUCUUCACUUUUCCGACCCCAUAUCGCCGGAGAAUGGAAUUCAGGCAAGUCCAAUGAACCCCAACAUGUUUACUCUACCGGAAAAUGCAGAAAAUCCAGUUGGGUCAUUCGCCGGAAAAUCAAGAAUCCGGCGAGUUAUUGAGUUCAUUUCUUCAGUUAUAUCUCUUUCUUUUUCAAUCAGAGUUUUCCCUGUGAAAUGGCAAUCGAUACGAAACAAGCUUGAAGAGCUUCUUUCGAGUUUAUCUGCCAUUGAGAAUUGUGAUUCCACAGAAAACUACCCUCCACUCUGUAGCUCCCUUCAGGCCAUUACAGCUACCCUCAAGAGCUGCCAUGAACUUUCUCGGCAUUGUGUUGAGUUUUCUUAUAGUGGGAAACUGCUGAUGCAGAGUGAUCUUGAUAUAGUUUCUACAAAAUUAGACAAUCAUAUAAGGAGUAUUUCUGAGAUUUACUCUCUUGGUUUGCUUACUCAAAGCUCUGCCAUUAUUGUUCCAAAGCCCAAUCUUGGAGCUUCUCGUGAUGAUAUCAAGUUCUAUAUUAGGGAUUUGUUGUCAAGGGUCAAGAUUGGGUCUUCAGAGAUGAAGAAACAAGGGUUGAUUGCUUUGAAUGAGAUUAUUCAAGAAGAUGAUAGAUAUGUUAAAGUUGCAAUUGAAAUUGAUAAUCUUGUUUCUGUGUUAGUGAGUUUUCUUGAUUUGCAAGAAGAUAAUCUUCAAGAAGAAGCAGCUAAGGCAUUAUCUGUAAUAGCAGGGUUUCAAUCUUUUAGAAGUUGUUUAAUCUCUGCUGGAAUAAUUUCCCCUUUGAUUAGAGUUUUAGAGUGUGGGAUUGGGUUGAGUAAAGAAUUUGCCACCAGGUGUUUGCAAAAGCUCACAGAGAACUCAGAUAAUGCAUGGUCAAUUUCAGCUCAUGGUGGGGUUACUGUUUUGUUGAAGAUAUGUAUAGAGGGUGAUUCUUUGGUUAGUUCAGUUUGUGGAGUGUUGAAAAAUCUUGUUGGGGUUGAAGAAAUCAAGAGGUUUAUGAUUGAGGAAGGUGCAGUUUCAGUAUUUAUCAAGCUUGCAAGGUGUAAAGAUGAGGUUACACAAAUUAGUUCAAUUGAUUUUCUACAAACUAUGGCUUCUGGGGAUGAAUCAACUAGGCAGAUGAUCAUGAAGGAAGGUGGAAUAAGAGCUUUAGCUCGUGUUUUGGAUCCGAAAUCAUCGUCUUCAUCUAAAGCAAGGGAAAUGUCCUUAAGAGGGAUUGUGAAUCUGUGUUUUACAUCAGUAAAUUCAGUGAACAUCCUGUUGAGUUAUGGAUUUAUGGAUCACAUUCUGUAUUUUCUUCGACACGGAGAUGGUUCUCUUCAAGAAUUAGCCUUAAAGGCAGCAUUUUGGCUAUGUGGAACAUCAGAUGAGGCCAAGAAACUAAUGGGGGAUGCUGGAUUUAUGCCUGAGUUGGUGAAGUUUCUUGAUUCAAAGUCAUUUGAGGUUAGAGAAAUGGCAACUGAAACACUAUCAAGUAUGGUGAUUGUACCAAGAAACCAAAAGAGAUUUGGACAGAAUGAUGAAAAUGUUGGUUUGCUGCUGCAAAUGCUUGAUCCAGAACAGGCAAAUUUUGGCAACAAAAAGCUGCUGCUUUCUAUACUCAUGUCAUUAACAAGUUGCAAUAGUGCCAGAAAGAAAAUUGCAAACUCGGGGUAUCUGAUAAACAUUGAGAAGUUAGCUGAGGCUGAAGUUUCAGAUGCAAAAAAGAUUGUCAGAAAAUUGUCUUCAAAUAGAUUCAGAAGCAUUCUCAGUGGAAUCUGGCAUUCAUAAUCAAUGUAAUUCAAUUUUGUCUUAUGCUUAAAUAUUUUACCAAAACCAAAAAACAGAAAGGAGAUCUUAUGUAAUAUAAUCCAAGAUAAAUGUACUUUAUUGUUAAGAAAGAGCUUUUAGAACAUCCCCUUUUGCCCUUUUUAGCUUCUAGUCAUAUAA